AUGAGUCGCCAGUUUCCUUAUUCGAGCGCCCCGCUUCGUACUGUCAAAGAGGUUCAAUUUGGUUUGUUAUCUCCAGAGGAAGUGAGAGCUAUCUCGGUAGCAAAGAUAGAGUACCCAGAGACUAUGGAUCAGACUACUAAAAGACCGAGAGAUGGCGGUCUUAAUGAUCCUAGGUUGGGCUCUAUCGAUAGAAACUUCAAGUGUCAGACUUGUGGUGAAGACAUGGCAGAGUGUCCCGGCCAUUUUGGUCACAUUGAAUUAGCAAAGCCUGUAUUCCAUAUUGGGUUCAUUUCAAAAAUCAAGAAGGUCUGCGAGUGUGUCUGUAUGCACUGUGGAAAGCUUCUAAUUGAUGAUGCGAACCCUUUGAUGGCUCAAGCCAUCAGGAUAAGAGACCCAAAGAAGAGAUUCAAUGCCGUGUGGAAUGUUUGUAAAUCUAAGAUGGUAUGUGAAGCCGAUGUGGUUAAUGAUGAAGGACAGGUCACCUCUGGAAGAGGCGGCUGUGGCCACACCCAACCUACUGUCCGUAGGGAUGGAUUAAAGUUGUGGGGUACUUGGAAGCAAAACAAGCAGUUUGAGGAAAACGAACAGCCCGAGCGUCGUUUGUUGACUCCCUCUGAGAUUUUGAGUGUUUUCAGACACAUUAGCGAAGAGGACUGCCAAAAGUUGGGCUUCAACGAGGAUUACGCCAGACCAGAGUGGAUGUUGAUCACCGUUCUACCUGUUCCUCCUCCACCAGUGAGACCUUCUAUCGCCUUCAAUGAUACCGCCAGAGGUGAAGAUGACUUGACAUUUAAGUUGGCUGACAUCAUUAAAGCUAAUAUAAAUGUCCAGCGUCUUGAAAUGGAUGGUUCACCUCAGCACGUCAUCAGUGAAUUCGAAGCUCUUUUGCAAUUCCACGUUGCCACUUACAUGGAUAACGAUAUUGCUGGUCAACCACAGGCUCUUCAGAAGACCGGUCGUCCAAUUAAGUCGAUUAGAGCUAGAUUGAAGGGUAAAGAGGGAAGAUUGAGAGGUAACUUGAUGGGUAAGCGUGUGGAUUUCUCUGCUCGUACAGUCAUUUCUGGUGAUCCUAACCUUGAUCUUGAUCAAGUUGGUGUGCCAAUUUCUAUUGCCAGAACUUUGACUUACCCUGAGAUUGUCACUCCUUAUAAUAUUCAUCGUUUGACCGAAUACGUACGUAAUGGUCCAAAUGAGCAUCCAGGUGCCAAGUACGUCAUUCGUGACACCGGUGAUCGUAUCGAUUUACGGUACAACAAGAGGGCUGGUGAUAUUGCCUUGCAAUAUGGCUGGAAGGUCGAACGUCACUUAAUGGAUGAUGACCCAGUGUUGUUCAACCGUCAACCAUCUUUGCACAAAAUGUCUAUGAUGUCGCAUAGAGUUAAGGUUAUGCCUUACUCCACUUUUAGAUUGAAUCUUUCAGUCACUUCUCCAUAUAACGCCGAUUUCGAUGGUGAUGAAAUGAACUUGCAUGUUCCACAGUCUCCUGAAACGAGAGCUGAGAUGUCCGAGAUUUGUGCCGUUCCAUUGCAGAUUGUUUCGCCUCAAUCGAAUAAGCCAGUCAUGGGUAUCGUGCAAGAUACUCUUUGUGGUAUCCGUAAAAUGACUUUGAGAGACAAUUUCAUCGACUAUGAACAAGUGAUGAACAUGUUGUACUGGAUUCCUGACUGGGACGGAGUUAUUCCUCCUCCAGCGGUCAUGAAACCCAAGCCACUUUGGACUGGUAAACAGAUGUUGUCUAUGGCCAUUCCUAAGGGUAUUCACAUGCAAAGAUUCGAUGAUGGCAAAGACUUGAUGAGUCCCGCUGAUAAAGGUAUCUUGGUCGUCGAUGGUCAGAUUAUCUUCGGUGUUGUCGAUAAGAAGACUGUUGGUGCUACUGCAGGAGGCUUGAUUCACACAGUUUUCAGAGAGAAGGGAUCGCAAGUGUGUGCGCAGCUUUUCAGUUCCAUCCAGAAGAUCGUGAAUUAUUGGUUGUUGCAUAAUGGUUUCUCCAUUGGUAUCGGUGACACCAUUGCUGAUAAGGAUACUAUGAGGAACGUCACUUCGACUAUCGAAGAUGCUAAGCUUAAGGUGCAAGAAAUUAUUCUUGAUGCUCAACUCAACAGAUUAGAGCCUGAACCUGGUAUGACCUUGAGAGAAUCUUUUGAGCACAACGUCUCUCGUGUUUUGAACCAGGCUCGUGAUAGCGCCGGUCGUUCCGCCGAAAUGAAUUUAAGGGAUUUGAAUAAUGUUAAGCAGAUGGUGACUUCUGGUUCUAAGGGUUCGUUUAUUAACAUUUCUCAGAUGUCUGCCUGUGUCGGUCAACAAAUUGUUGAAGGUAAACGUAUUCCUUUCGGUUUCGCUGAUCGUACCUUGCCUCAUUUUUCAAAGGAUGAUUACUCUCCAGAGUCGAAGGGUUUCGUCGAGAACUCUUACUUGAGAGGCUUGACGCCACAAGAGUUCUUUUUCCACGCCAUGGCUGGUAGAGAAGGUCUUAUCGAUACUGCCGUUAAGACUGCAGAAACAGGUUAUAUCCAGCGUCGUUUGGUUAAGGCCUUGGAAGAUAUCAUGGUUCAUUACGAUGGUACUACAAGAAACUCUUUGGGUGAUGUUAUUCAGUUCGUGUAUGGUGAGGAUGGUCUUGACGGUACUUCUGUUGAGAAGCAAACUGUUGACACGAUCCCUGGUUCUGAUGUCUCCUUCGAAAGACGUUACAGAAUUGAUCUUCUUGACCCAUCGAUGUCUAUUUCCGAGUCAUUGUUGGAAUCUGGAAAGGACAUCAAGGGUGAUGUUAAGUUGCAGAAGGUCUUGGAUGAGGAAUACGAACAGCUUGUUAAGGAUCGUCAGUACUUAAGAGAGGUCUGCUUCCCUAACGGUGACUACAACUGGCCAUUGCCUGUUAACUUGCGUCGUAUCAUCCAGAACGCUCAGCAAAUCUUCCAUAGUGGUCGCCAGAAGGCUUCCGACUUGAAGUUGAAUGAAAUCGUUGAGGGCGUACGUGACUUGUGUACCAAGGUUCACGUGGUUCGUGGUAAAGGAAAGUUGGCAGAAGAAGCACAAGAGAAUGCUACUUUACUUUUCCAAUGUUUGUUGCGUUCCAGGUUAGCAGCUCGUCGUGUUAUUGAGGAGUUUAAGUUGAGUCGUAUUUCUUUCGAAUGGGUCAUGGGUGAGAUCGAGACGCAAUUCCAGAAGUCUCUUGUUCACCCAGGUGAAAUGGUUGGUGUUAUUGCCGCCCAAUCUAUUGGUGAACCAGCUACCCAGAUGACUUUGAAUACUUUCCAUUACGCUGGUGUGUCUUCCAAGAACGUCACUUUGGGUGUUCCUCGUCUUAAGGAAAUUCUUAACGUCGCUAAGAAUAUUAAGACGCCAGCUUUGACUGUUUACUUGGACCCAGACGUGGCUUCAGACAUCGAAAAGGCGAAGAUUGUGCAAUCUGCCAUUGAGCAUACCACUUUGAAGAACGUCACUUCUGCUACUGAGAUUUUCUACGACCCAGAUCCAAGAAGUACUGUCAUUGAAGAGGAUUACGAUACUGUUGAAGCAUACUUCGCUAUUCCAGACGAGAAGGUUGAAGAAACAAUUGACAACCAAUCUCCAUGGUUGCUUCGUCUUGAACUUGACAGAGCUAAGAUGUUGGAUAAACAGUUGACUAUGGCGCAAGUGGCAGAAAAGAUUUCUCAGAAUUUCGGCGAAGACUUGUUCGUCAUUUGGUCUGAUGACACGGCUGAGAAGUUGAUUAUUCGUUGUCGUGUGAUCCGUGAUCCUAAGCUCGAGGAAGAGGGUGAACAUGAAGAAGACCAGAUCUUGAAACGUGUCGAGGCUCACAUGUUGGAAACUAUCUCUUUGCGUGGUAUUCCAGGCAUCACAAGAGUGUUUAUGAUGCAGCAUAAACUCAGUGUUCCAGAUGAGACUGGUGAAUAUGUUCAGAAGCAAGAAUGGGUGUUGGAAACUGACGGUGUUAACUUAUCGGAAGUCAUGGCUGUUCCUGGUGUUGAUUCUCACCGUACUUAUUCGAACAACUUUAUCGAGAUUCUCUCGGUGUUGGGUAUCGAAGCUACUCGUUCCGCAUUGUACAAGGAAAUUCUUAACGUCAUUGCCUUCGAUGGUUCUUAUGUUAACUACCGUCAUAUGGCCUUGUUGGUGGAUGUCAUGACAUCUCGUGGUCACUUGAUGGCUAUUACACGUCAUGGUAUCAACAGAGCCGAGACGGGUGCUUUGAUGCGUUGUUCGUUCGAAGAAACAGUUGAAAUCUUGUUGGAAGCUGGUGCUGCCGCAGAACUUGACGACUGUCGUGGUAUUUCCGAGAAUGUCAUCUUGGGCCAGAUGCCUCCAUUGGGUACUGGUGCCUUUGACUGUAUGGUUGAUGAUAAGAUGUUGCAACAGGCUGGUCCAAACGCUGGUAUUCCAGUGGCUGCUCAAAGUGGUGCUUAUGCCGAGGACGGUGGUGCUACACCUUACAGAGAAUACGAUGUUGAGGAUGAUAAGAUUCAGUUUGAAGAAGGCGCAGGUUUCUCGCCAAUUCAUACUGCAAACACUUCGGAAGGUAUUGGUUCCCUUACAUCUUACGGUGGGCAGCCAUCGGUGUCUCCAACAUCUCCUUUCUCAUAUGGUGCUACUUCUCCUGGUUAUGGCGCUUCUUCUCCUGGUUAUGGUGGUACUUCCCCAACUUAUUCUCCAACGUCUCCAAGUUACUCACCAACGUCGCCAUCAUACUCGCCAACAUCACCAAGCUACUCCCCAACGUCGCCAUCUUAUUCGCCAACUUCGCCAAGUUAUUCUCCAACUUCGCCAUCGUAUUCGCCUACGUCGCCUUCGUACUCACCUACGUCGCCAUCGUACUCGCCUACGUCGCCAAGUUACUCGCCAACUUCGCCAAGUUACUCGCCAACGUCACCAAGCUACUCGCCAACGUCACCAUCAUACUCCCCAACUUCGCCAAGUUACUCCCCAACUUCUCCAAGUUAUUCACCAACUUCGCCAAGUUACUCACCUACCUCCCCAUCCUACUCACCAACGUCGCCAAGUUACUCGCCAACUUCUCCAAGUUAUUCCCCAACUUCACCAAGUUACUCGCCAACUUCGCCACAGUACUCACCAACAUCUCCUCAGUACUCGCCAACAUCUCCACAGUACUCCCCAACUUCGCCGCAAUACUCGCCUACGUCGCCUCAGUAUUCGCCAACGUCCCCACAGUACUCACCUACUUCACCUCAAUACUCCCCUACUUCACCACAGUACUCCCCAGGAUCCCCAUCAUACUCCCCAGGAUCUCCACUGUACUCUGAAAGUAAGGAAGAGGAGAAGAAGAAGGACUGA